AUGAGAUAUCGAGUGGGCAAUGGGAGUAGUAUUUCACUUUGGUUUGACCAUUGGCAUCUCCUUGGUCCUCUUAUUGAGGUGUUUGGAGAAAGGUUUAUCUAUGAUUAUGGCCUUGGGCAGAAUGCCAAGGUGGAGGCUAUUAUUGAUGGCCAGGAGUGGCACUGGCCUAUCUCUCGCUCCCCUGCAUGGCUUGAGCUCAUUAGUAGUACUCCUACUUCAUUCCGGCCAGAUAGCAGAAGGCCGGAUGUCUUGCAGUGGAUUGAUGCUCUGAAGGGUUCCUUCUCUGCUCGUGGUGUUUGGGAGUCGUUGCGCCCGCAUCAUAGUAGAGUGGACUGGUAG